AGUAUCACUCCUGGCAUCGGUACGGGGUGUACGCUCGCCCUGCUGUACUAAGUUACGAAACUCGGUAAAAUUAAUUUACUAAAAUCAGUGUAAUAUAAUAAUUUUAUUUUCGGUGUUUGAGAAUAGUGUAAAUAUAUACUAGAGCUAUAAGUGUAAUUAAUCAUAGUUGAAUGCUUAGAUUUUAGCUUCUAAUAUAAAUAAAGUAACAAAAGGUCACAAUUAAAAAAGUUUCGUAGAAGUCAGUUCUGACCAAUUCAAAGAACCUUUAAAAUCAAGUAUUUGCCAUGUGACGUCGUUAAAAAGCAAAGGACAAUGUCGUCAGAAGUGUCAUUAGAAGGAAGGGAGCGACCCGGAUUCUUUCGUCGUGCAGGCUCCGCUAUCACAAGGGCAGCCUGCUCACAAAUAGGACUCGUGAUUCUGGUAGUGGUCUACGUGUUACUUGGCGCGGUUCUGUUCGAAUAUCUCGAGUCUGGUCCUGAAGUAAAGAAGCGGUCUGCGAUACAGAAAUCCAGAGAAGAAUGCUUGAAGGAACUGUGGGCGAUUACAGAACGAUUGAAUGUCUUAUACGAACGUAACUGGACACGGCUGGUCCACGAGCAACUCCGCAAGUUCGAGUCCUCUAUUGUGGCUGCAGCGAGACAGUCCCCCGACUCACAAGUACCGGAGUUGAUGAUGGAAAGCAAAUGGAGUUUCUCUGGAGCUCUGAUAUAUUGCGUCACUCUGAUAACCACUAUAGGAUAUGGAAAUGUUUCACCGCGCACGGCUGCCGGUCGAGCGGCCACGGUGGCAUAUGCAGCAGCUGGUGUACCACUAACUUUGGCUUGUUUAGCGGGAUUGGGGGCUUCACUGGCACGUCACGCCAGAUUAGCGUGGCUCAAAGCUACAAGAAGAAAAGUACCUAGCUCUUGGAAGAAGGACGGAGAAAUAGAAACCCAUCUUCAACUACACGAACAACAACGACUCUUACCACAGCCGACGGAGCAUAACCAGUACACAUCAUUCCCGCCUCGAAGUCACAGAUCUCCGGGAACUGUGAAAGCCAGAGCUGGAGACAGAGGACAAUAUUCUCAAGUUUUUGAGCGAGUCCCUGCUAGUCCUCGAGCUGCAACGCUAGGACGUGUGAAGCGGAGUGCUUUGGUUGAUGAGCCUCAUGGAUCAGCCGCCUUACAAACACAAACGCUCGACAGAAAAAAAGUAAUCAGUAUGAAGUGCUUGGCGACAGUCCAUAGCCCCGUUAGAGGUAGAGCCAGAAAUACUAUCCAGAGACCAAGAGGAGCAGCUAUUGAACAACUCAUAGCUGAAGAAUGUGGAGAAUUAGCACUCAAUCGAAGUCAAGAUGAUUUAGAUGAUUCUGAGGAUCCUGACGAAGGUCUAUGUCCCCAUGAUACGCCAUCGAGAGUGCCUUUGAUUUGGAGCGAAGAUAACCACAAAAGCAAGAGCUGUGCCGUUCCAAGCACAAGCACAACCGUCAGUGUUCAGCAUCACAUGCAUAACACCGUAGAACAUUGCCAUAUCCCAGCUGGUAUCGUGCUGUUUCUCCUACUGGCCUACAUAUGUGUUGGAGCGGCGAUCUUUUCCGCAUGGGAAAAUUGGAGUUUCCUAGACGCCGCCUACUUCUGCUUCAUAGCCCUAGCGACAAUCGGCUUCGGGGAUUUCGUUCCGACCAGCUUACUGACUGCCAAACACAGUACUGAAAACUCCAAAAGUGAAUACAUUCAGAUGAUCGCAUGCUGCGCUUACUUAGUUUUCGGAUUGAUCCUAAUUGCGAUGUCAUUUAGCCUACUUCAGGAUGAAGUGGUUUCUCGAUGUUCCCAGUUAGCUAACACUUUAGGUUUGUCUCGUCAAUGACAAUACGAAAAGAGCGAAUGUAGCUCCACAGACAAUCAUUUAAGGAUGUUAUGAUCGUUAGUGUAAAAGUCGUAGGGUCCACGUCUCAUGACCUAAGUACCUAUAAGUUGUGAUCUAUUUUUUCAAAGUUUGGUUUAUCCUAUUCUUUUAUAGAAUUUGUCUUUUUCUCGGAAUCACCACCUUACUUUAACUAUAAUAUGACUAUAAUUAUGAGAUGAUUAAAAUUUUGUUAAAUAAAUAAAGAACUAGAAUAUAUCAUGAUAUUUGAUUUAAAAAUAUAUGGAAAUCCGAUUUUGUAGCUCUAAUGUGGAAAUUUAUCUUACAGUUAGCUGGAAUCCAUUUUUUUCUUAUAAUUGAUCGUUGUAACAUUGUAAUGUCGUUGUUAUUAUUGUAUUGAAAAUGAAAAUUGUUUUCUCAUAUCAUUACUGAGAAGAAAUAAAAAUUGAUGGAAAUUUUUACGGAAUUUGUACACGAAAUGUAUGAUGAAGUUUAUGAUGUAAAUAUUGUAUAUUUAUAAAAGCAAGGCUGAAAUUGUAAUGAAACAAUAAAAUUGUGUUGAAAUGUG